GCGCACACACCCGCACACGCGCGCACGCACACACUCCCCUGUACACUUACCCGCACACACACUCACCCUCCUCCCGCCACUAUUCCUGGUGCCGGCGCUUCGCCACUCGUAGCGCCAGGGAGCCCCGCAGCAAAGCACAGGUGGCUGCGGCAGCGGCGGUGCAUCGCCCCUGCGCGCCCUUCCGCAUCCCCGGGGCCACGCUCCCUCGGGAAAAUCUUACUCCGAGCCCCUGCUCCCGAGCGCUCCGUCCAGCGUUGCCGCGGCCGGCGGAGGAGAGAGCAGGACGUGCGCGGUGGAGAGCCCGGGGCGAAUUAGCGCUCGCUGGAGCCUCCUGCGCCGGGUGAAGCGCUAAAGGGCUUACCCCGGAGGGGGGGUGGAAGGGCGGGGGAGGCAGCCCUUUAAAUACCGCGCACCUCCACACUCUCGAGCUCACCCCGGCGUCCGCUCAUUCCCUCGUCGGCCGCUGCAGUAUUCUGCCGAAGAGGAGGGGGCGUUCCCCAGGCCAUGGCAUCCACGGAAGGUGCCAACAAUAUGCCCAAGCAGGUCGAAGUGCGAAUGCACGACAGCCACCUCAGCUCAGAAGAGCCAAAGCAUCGGCAUCUGGGCCUGCGCUUAUGCGACAAGCUGGGGAAGAAUCUCCUGCUCACUCUGACAGUGUUUGGUGUCAUCCUGGGGGCAGUGUGUGGAGGGCUCCUUCGUCUGGCAUCUCCUAUCCACCCUGAUAUGGUUAUGUUAAUAGCCUUCCCAGGGGAUAUACUCAUGAGGAUGCUAAAAAUGCUCAUUCUCCCUCUAAUCAUCUCCAGUUUAAUCACAGGGCUAGCAGGUCUGGAUGCUAAAGCCAGUGGCCGCCUAGGCACGAGAGCCAUGGUGUAUUACAUGUCCACGACCAUCAUCGCCGCCGUGCUGGGGGUCAUCUUGGUCUUAGCCAUCCACCCAGGGAAUCCCAAACUCAAGAAGCAGCUGGGGCCUGGCAAGAAGAACGAUGAAGUGUCCAGCCUCGAUGCAUUCCUGGACCUGAUUCGGAAUCUCUUCCCUGAAAACCUGGUGCAAGCCUGUUUUCAACAGAUUCAGACAGUGACGAAGAAAGUCCUGGAGACGCCUCAGUCAGACACAGAGGCCAACGCAACCAACACUGUUGUGUCCCUGUUGAACGAGACUGUGAGCGAGACUCCGGAGGAGACGAAGAUUGUUAUCAAGAAGGGCCUGGAGUUCAAGGACGGGAUGAAUGUCCUAGGUCUGAUAGGGUUUUUCAUUGCUUUUGGCAUCGCCAUGGGAAAAAUGGGAGAGCAGGCCAAGCUGAUGGUGGACUUCUUCAACAUUUUGAAUGAGAUUGUAAUGAAGUUAGUGAUCAUGAUCAUGUGGUACUCUCCCCUGGGUAUCGCCUGCCUAAUUUGUGGGAAGAUCAUUGCAAUCAAGGACUUAGAAGUGGUUGCUAGGCAACUGGGGAUGUACAUGAUAACGGUGAUUGUGGGCCUCAUCAUCCAUGGGGGCAUUUUUCUCCCCUUGAUUUACUUUCUAGUGACCAGAAAAAACCCCUUCUCCUUUUUUGCUGGCAUUUUCCAAGCUUGGAUCACUGCCCUGGGUACCGCUUCCAGUGCUGGUACUUUGCCUGUCACCUUCCGUUGCCUGGAAGAAAAUCUGGGGAUUGAUAAGCGCGUGACCAGGUUUGUCCUCCCAGUUGGAGCAACCAUUAACAUGGAUGGCACAGCCCUUUAUGAAGCAGUGGCCGCCAUCUUUAUAGCCCAAAUGAAUGGUGUCGUCCUGGAUGGAGGCCAGAUUGUAACUGUGAGCCUCACGGCCACCCUGGCGAGUGUUGGCGCGGCCAGCAUCCCCAGCGCCGGGCUGGUCACCAUGCUCCUCAUUCUCACCGCCGUGGGCCUGCCGACAGAGGACAUCAGCCUGCUGGUGGCUGUGGACUGGCUGCUGGACAGGAUGAGAACGUCAGUCAAUGUCGUGGGUGACUCUUUUGGAGCUGGAAUUGUCUAUCACCUCUCCAAGUCUGAGCUGGAUUCCCUUGACUCCCAGCACCAAGUGCAUGAAGAUAUUGAAAUGACCAAGACUCAAUCAAUUUAUGAUGACAUGAAGAACCAUAGGGAAAGCAACUCUAAUCAAUGCGUCUAUGCUGCACACAACUCUGUCAUAGUAGAUGAGUGCAAGGUAACUCUGGCAGCCAACGGAAAGUCAGCUGACGGCAGUGUUGAGGAAGAGCCUUGGAAACGUGAAAAAUAAGGAUAUGACUUUCAGCAAAUUCUUGAAUAAACUCCCAGCGUAUCUUAUGGUAAAAGAUGAUAUAAAGAUUAAACAAGCUUUCUUUAAAAAGGAAAAAAAAAUACACGUAUUUCUAUGUUUACUUAAUCUGUUAGCUGAGGCUUAGAGGAGCUGUCGUGAGUUGGAGAUGAUAGGGACGGUGCUGUGUCUUUGCCAAAUAACAUUUCAUAACCGUCUAAUUUUCUCACUUGUAUUACUGUUUGAAUGGAAGCUGCUGGAGGAGUCGGUUUGAAUUGAAGAUCCUUUUUUGCCAGGUUCUCUUGUUUCUCAAGAUGCAGAAACACUGAUGCUCUUUUCCCAGGGGACAUAACUAAUGCAGUGUGGCACACUCCAGAGACCUGGGAUAAUGAGCAAACACACAGUGUGUUAUUCCUUAAAGUAUUUUCCAUGUCUCGUCUUGUUAUGUGCAAGUGAUUCUGUUCAAGGCCUCUAGAAGUAAUUCCCCUUGAAUGUCUUGUAGAGUUUGCAAAUGUGUUGAUUAAAAAAAGCAAGUACCUGUCUUAGGAAACUCUGACAAUUUAUCUUCUGUUAAAGGUUUCAAAGAGAGUUUUACUGGGAGCCAUACUCUUAAAGGCAGCUGAUCAUGGAACUCACUACAUCUCUGCCUCUCUAGUCUGUGUGAACAAUUAUUGAAAUUUCAAAGUAUGUUUCAUAGUGAGUGCUAAAUUGAUAACAGGCUAGGAAGUAAUUUACAUAUAACCACUGUAUAUAAGGACAAAAAUAAAGAAGCACAGUCAACAUAGAUUUUAACCAGAUUCAAAUAUUCAAUUCAUUUGUAUUUCGUUUCCAUUCAUCUGGCAUGGUGAAAUUAAGUGAGAUUAUUUGAUCUAUGUUUCAAUUUCUUUGUUUUGCUCAUAAGAUUCUUGUUUGGGUUCCUAACCAAAAAAAGACAUUUUUAAUCCCCAUAUUCUUUUGGCCAUAUUCUCAUCAACCUAUAAGGCCUAAACAUUUUAUUCUCUUCACAUAUAGAGAAGAGUUCUGUUGGCUGUGCCUCUUUAAUACUAUCUGUUUUUAAAAAGCAAACAAAAAAACUAGUAUUUAUCUAAUUUGAAGAAAACUUUUUGCUCUAUUUAUAUAUCAAAGCACAUAAAACCAGUUACAGGACACAGUUGGAAACCAAGUUGGUCUUCCUUCUCAAUGAUAUCUGCUCCCAGCCUUCUCUAUGGAAAGGCACAGAAAGCAAAAGCAUAAGUGCAAAACCCUAUAAAGAUGACUUUCCUAUGGCAGAGUCCAGGCAGCCUUAAACCAUAAAGUGGGAACAAAGGAUGACUCUAUACAACUUAACAUACGGAAUCUUUUCAUGGCUGUUGACGUUUAAAGGAAUAAAUAAUGUAAUUGGAGUCACAUGGUGACUUGCAUGCUGUAAGCACCCAGUGAAUUUUUAAGUAUUGAUUAUGCCAGCUAAAUUUUUGUAUGUCUCUACUAUCAUUUACUUUCAAAUGACCCACAGUAUUUCCCAAGGUUGCUGGGUUUGGGAGUUUGUUGAGGACUCAAAUCAUGAAUCCUUGAGAAAUAAAGCACAUUUGCCCUUGAGUAUGUGGAAACUUUGUCCACACAUGAGGUGAGGGUGUGUUACCUGAGGCCAGAGUAUGGAAGCUGAGAUAUUCGUGAACAGUCAUAGAAUCCAAAUUCUCCGAGGAGAGGCUCUCCACGGACAUCACAUACCUUUUAUGCUCCAUUCCUUGUGACUUCUCUCUUCCAAACCAGACACUUUUGGAAUGUACAAGAAACACGAGAUUCCAGUUGUUCUGGUCUGAUAAACCCUAGUUAAUUUUGGUUCAGGAUCACUACUGAGCAGUAUUAAGCAGCUUUUUUUGUUUUUGUUUUUUCAAAGAAUAGUAUUGGUCUUCAUUUUCAUUUGAUGGAAGAUUACCAGGGGGGCCAAGAACAUGCUGAAAUGUAAUAGCAGAAAAUACAUCCUUUAGAGCAGACAUUGUGAGCCAAGGAUUUAGCUAUGAAAGUGCUAAGAACUGUUUUUAAGUGUUGCUCCCAAGGGUGUGUUUAUGGUGAGAAGAAUCUAGACAAAGCAUCUAUGAACUUGUUGUUUUCUUGCUGCUGAAGGCCAGCUUAUACAUACUGAUGUGUUUCCCAAUGAGCAGUCAAAACCUGAAUCCGAAACCCACUUGCGUAGGAUUGUCUUCCAACCCUCUGGCUAAGUCUUUCUGGUUUGUUUUGUCUUCAGCUUUUUCAUAACUAUCUAAGCCUAUAAAUAUGUAAAAAGAAAAUGUGUUCAGAAAAAAAGAGGAGUACAGCUUAACAAAGCAGACUUUUCUGAUUUGAGACUGUUUGCACUGUCUCAUGAAAAUAUACUGAGGAUAUCACAUUUAACAGGAAAUUCAAUAAAUCAUAUUAAAGAUAAGCAAUUUCUUGAAUUCAGGACUACCUGAAAAUCCAGGAGGUCUGCAGAGCUGACAUAUGACUGUGUCCUCUGGCUUCUUAGGUGUCCCUUCAUGCUUCCCAAGCCAUGCCCUAGGGAUUGGUUGUCCUUGCCCAAAAUAUGUGCCAUAAACAGAACAAAUGGACCCAGACUAUACCUCUAACAACCUUUUGUAAAUAGAAUAUUUAUAGCCUGUCUGUUACAUGUAUAGAUUUAUAUUACUAGGCCCAACACAGGUAAGAAUGCUUAUAAUAGUCCAUUAAUGCUUGAUAAUGCACAAAUCUUUUAUUUAUAUACAGACACAGCAGGCCAGAUACAUACACUGCAUCCUGUAAGAAGAAACAGGUUUUUAAAGUCAGUGCUUUGGCAACACCCUUUUUUUUUAUAGUGUCGUUCACCUCUUUUUAGUAAUCAGAGAAUCAUUUCAGGAGAAAACCAAAUAGGUAAAUUUUAAUCCCUCCCAUUCUCAUUUUUACCCUUUGGAGAACCCAAGUGGAAUCCACAUUUGCUCACCUACUAAAAUCCAAUGAACGAAAUUCAACUGGUGAGAAGAAUGGUUUAUUUGGCAGGAUGUGCCUCCCCCUGCAAUGAUCAUCAGAGAAUUGAGUCAAUCAUCUGUAUCACACAGACCUUCAAAACAGGACUUUAGAUGAUGAAGUCUGAACCAAACAGCCAUCAGCUAUGAUUCUUCACUGCCUCUUAGGUGUGGAAACAGAGCCUAUAGUAUCUUGCCUGAGGAAGUUACUAUGCCCCCAAAAGACAAAUAUUUAUUUCACCAGUCAGCCUGGAUGUUCAUGAAAACUUAAAGGAAAGGUGCCAAAAUGUCUAGGUCCUGGAUUUACAGUUGUAGAAGCUGAAUUAGGGGAAUUCAGUUCAUGGGAAGAUACACUUCUGGUAGGUGACGCCAGGGAUCCUAGUUUAGAGGGUCUCAGGUCAUUUCCAUUGUGCUUGGAGAAGUAUGUCAUUUGUCAAUGAAUCUAGUCAAGAAGCCCUUUCAGAGUGGAGUGACUGAGUAACUCACCUACUGGACCCAAAAAGGAAGCCCAGUUCUCUCCUGAUUUUCCAAAUAUCACACUUCCCUUUGCUGUCAAUAACAAAAGUUACAUUUUAUUUUUUCACUUUUGUUAGAAUCAAGACUCCUGCCUGUGCAACAUUUUCCGUGAAAUACAGCAGUAAAUCCAAGUAGAUACCCACAUGCUCAGAGAGAACUCUCCAUAGCUCACUCUUGAUAAAUCAGUCUCGGCAGCUCUCUUUUGAUUUGAUGACUAAGUGCUCAUCAGUUACUGUCCAGUGUAGAUGGCUUUUCCCACUUAACUACUCUUCAACUCUGCAGCCACGCAGCUAUCUGGGUUGCUGGUUUUGCUUUUCUUAUUCCCAACUACAUUUUUACCAAGAAAAAGGACCAAAUGGCAUUUUGAAUUACUGUGAUAUUGCCCUUUGGAUAAGGAUAUAAGGGUCAGGGAGCCUAAGAAGAUUAAGGCAAAGCACAGAGCCUGAAGGAAUUCUCAAAUGACCCUAUCUGGGGGAAUUUCUGGCUAAAACCUAGAAGAAGGGCCAAUGAGUGCCCGCCCCCACCCCCCGGCAGGUGGCACAAUAAGCAGAUUGUUCUCCUCAGGUGCAGUGAGAUCAAAGCUGCUCAUGCAACAUUGGCUAAUGGUUUUCUCCAAAAGAAAAUCCAAUUUCCUAUUCUUUCUUCCUCCUUUCUUCCUAUUCCCCUUAUCAUUUUUGCAACUUAAGAGACAAUUUAAGAGAUCAUACAAGUUAGUGAGAAGCUCGUCUUUGGAAUAGAUGACCCACAAUCUCAAUAGAAUAGGAUCCAAUUUCCUAGCAUAACACAACUAAUCCACAUAAUGAUGUAGAGAUGAUGAGAAGCAACAUGAUUUGGUGGAGGAAACCUUUCCCUUCAACUCUGCCAAUUUUUAGCUGUUUGACUUAGAUAAGUCCAUUUUAUCUCCCUCCAAAUCUCAAUUUUUCCCAUAUGUAAAGGGCAGGAGUUGGAUGAAAUUAUUAAAAUCCCCUUCCAACUCAAAGAAUCCUUGAUAUUAUGAUCUGCUUCAAUUAUUUCUUUCUUAAAGGGCUAAUUAUCACAGAAUAUUACUUCUUUAUAUUUUAUGUUGGAGGGGCCCACAGUAAUGACUAAUCAAUUUAGAUUUUUCUCAUCCCCUUUGGAGGAAAUUAAAUCCAAGCCUCUUUAUUUGAUUUUUUUUUUUUACUACAAGGUUGGAGGAUGGCCAUUUUAAUCCACAGGUUGGUGUUCGGGGACACAGUCAUCCUUUUAUCAAACUGCCCUUUAUCUAAACGCACUGUCCUAAUAGAAGUGGGGAUCCAGGUCUGGAAACCCACCCCCAGAGUCACUGUGAGGGGACUGGACAAGCCUGAAACUUCACUCGAGCUCUUGCAUCAUGUCUGCUGUGGCAACAGAACCCAUUCCAAAUACCCAAACACAAUUUUCUCCAAACAGUCCUAAUUACCAACCCAGUAUGGGAAUUUGGGAGCCUUUGGCAAAUAACCUUGAACACUCUUAUGAAAUUUGGUGCAACAUUUGCACAAUAACAGCAACUGUCUAUAAAUCCCUUCCUUCCAUUGCCUGUACACAUCCUUUCAUAGACGAGCCUGGGCCAAGCUGCUUCUCUAAAGAGAGAUGUGGGAAUAUUUGAUUGAACUCAUUUUCAAAUUUUCCUCUUGGUUUACUUUCAUGAUAAGCAUCACUUUGCAGGGAGAAAAGCUCCAAUUACCGGAAUGGAGUGUUGUGGUGAUCAUUGCAUUCUCCGAUGCCUGAGGGGUUUCUAGGAUGGGGUAGCUUUGGGAAACAUUUCACAAAAUGCUUGGUCUGCAGGGUAAAUGUUAUCAGCAUUGACCUUUGAACAAUGUACACUUUCUGGUACUGCUGCAAUGGACUGGCUUUCAUCUUUCCCUUUUGUCCCAACUUCUGCUAAAGAUAAAAUAGAGUCGGUAUUGUGGUGUGAGAAUCUCUAUUGCCAGAGAAGACUUUGGUUCUUUAGAUUUGAGGAUGUGAGAUGUAAAGUUAAGACUAAAAGGACUGCUGUUUUUUCCAUUAGAGCAGAAGACCUGACACAAAAGCAGCAAGAUAAAGACUAUUUUUUAAGUGAUCCAUAUAAGAGCCCAUAGAAAAGUGAGGGAAGCCCCUAAGUUUUUAUUCCAUCCAUACUAAAUACUAUCCUGAAUAUUGAUCAGUCUUUUUCUGUGUCCAGUCUUGCUUUAUCUUCCUAUCUCUGGGCCAAGUAUCCAUUUUGAUAUUUUUAAAAAGACUUUCUGAUUGUUAGGCAGAGCCCUUCUGCACUAAGAAUAAAAUCUGCUGCUGAAACAGAUUCCACUGCUUUGCAGACCCCAAAUGCUUUGCAUUUGACUGAGAGAAUGGGUAGCAACAGAUCCCCAAUUCCUCUGGAGAUGCCCCUGGUCCCUGGGUGAGGGUUGGAACCUAGCAACUGAUUUUACCCUUGCGACCAUCCCCUGUGUCGAUGGGGAUGAUGUAGUCGGAGCCUCACUCCUUCUGGGGCUCAGUUUCUUCUCUUGGCAACCAUUUCGUCCGCCUAGAAACCACCUGUUGCCUUUGGUAGGGGAGAAAUACACACACUAACCAAGGAAGUUGGCCCAGCACAUUUCUGAGGUCUCUCCGCCGUGGAGCAAUUCCCUGAGAUGUAUGAUUAGAAAGCUCACUAGGAAUUCAUCUUUGGCAUCCAGAUUUCUCUACAAAUCACCUUAACUCUCUUCCUUUCUCCUUCCACUGGACAAUAUCUCAGCAUUACAUCUUCAAGUUGUAGCACACAGAUCAGGUUAUCUGGUCACUAUGGAGAUUUGUAUAUAAAAAGCUACUUUUGUGAGGAUUUUUGUAUAUUGUUUUUCGUUUUUCUAUUUGUUUUCUACAGUUCAAAGAGAGAGAGCUGGCAAACUGGGAUUCUAAUUUGCUCUUGCUGCCAGCAGAUAUAUUUUGAUUUCCUGGUAAGAAUCUGUUACCAGGGGCAAUAUAUUGCCCUCUAUUCAGUAUUGCACCCCAAACCCACAAAUUCCUCCAGCCUGAUCUUACAUUCUUUUUAAAACAAAUACCCAUGCUUCUUUUCUAUUAUUUAUAAAAAGCAUGAGAAAAUAUACUUAUUGUCCUGGACAUUAUAUGUUUAUAUUAAUUUAGUUUUUAAUAAUGUUAUAUGUUUGUAUCUAUCCUUCAGAAAUCAUUAAGACCUCAGUGUAGACUGAAUUAAUCUAUUUCGUAUCUGUAAUUUUGCAGACAGAUAUUUUCUUAUGGUAUUUUCUAUAUAACCACAUAUGCAGAAUUAUAACUAAUUAGAGCACAAGAAGUUUCUACAACAAUUUAGAGCUAUCAUUGUUUCCUGAGCAUAUAGCCACAUUUGAAAAAACAAGAACACUGUCCUUAGUGAUGCAAUAAACAAAAUGACUGUUAAGAACAAGGAGUUGCUUAAAUUUGUUAGCUGGCUAGGAAAUACGUAAAAAAAAAUUAAUCUUUUAAACUAGAGGAAUGGUGCUGACUCCUUAUUGUUAACACCAGACCUUGUUUUGCCAGCUAAGCUUUCCAAUCUUGCUAUCUUCUAAAAAGAUCCAGGAUGAGGUGAUGAUAGUCAGAUCAUUUCUCUAUUGAAAUCCCCCAAUGCCUUCCUGUUUAUGGGAAAACUGGCUUAGGAAAACUCCAAGUAGCAGAGAUUUGAGAGUGAGCACCAAGAAGCAAAUCAGGACAGACUUGUAGCAAUUAAUUCUUUCCAAGCAAAUUGGUAGUAAAUCACACUUGUAAUAUGAACCAAACACAUUUUUAAGAAAAUAGAAAACUUUUUAAAGCCAGCUAUGAAGCAAUACCCUAUCACUGGGGGCUGGUGGGGGGUGCUUAGAGUCACACUGCAAAGCAACCCUGGUAGGUUCUGUCCUUAAGUGGCUAUGAACUAUGUAACCUUCCCAAAUGGCAAAUCAGUAGCCACUGCAAAGACAAAGUAUCUUCCUUCAGCCAAACACACUUUCUGAUAUGGUUGAUAGGGCUGAUAUUUUUGCCAAGGUCUAUGUUUCAAAAAAUAGUUGGUUACAUAGAAAGUGUACUGGUGUGUAUUUAAACCUGCUCCUCAUUAAGUAAACAGACUAGAUGUGCCCUUAACUGGCAGUGAUUGCAUCUGUGGUUUUCAAGUACAGAUAGCUGUCAAAGCAUGAAGUUCUUGUGUGUACACACUGACAUUUGGUUCACGCAUGAAGACAGUGCCUGUGCACUUUGUGUAGCUAUAAUGUAGAUAUAUAUGUGUAAUUUCAGUGAAAUGGUGUAUAGAUGUAUUGUAAGUUAAUUUAAAUGUUAUUUUUGGUUUUCAUCUAAAUGCUGUAGAUACGUUGAUUGGUCUUUUGAAAACUCUUCUUUUCCUUCUUAGAUACCUAGCUAUGAGUCAUUUCUCCUCUUUCAUAAUGUGAUUUGGGGAUGUAUUUGAGUGAAGAACUUAUCUAUGAUUCCUUUGUAUUAAUGAUUUGUUUGAAAGUCUGUGUAUGUUCAGUAUCUUUGUAAAUACACAAUUCAAAGCAGUUGUGGGGUAGAUGUGUGUUCUGAUUCUUAGUGAAAGGUCAUCCAACAUCUGUAAAAUGCACAGUGAAUGCAAUUGUGGAACUUUUGAUUAUCUAGGCUUAGGUAGGGUUAGAAUGAGGACAUAGCUACAAUCCUCCUUCGCUUGGUGAAUUGGGCUCAGAGUGACAAAAGGUUAGUCUCUUCCUGUGCAUGUUAGCAUCACGUCCUUCGGGAAGGGUCAGCCUCUGAUUGUCAAAUAUUGAUCAUGACUUAAAGAUUCUUAAAGAGUCUUGUUCACCUUGGCUUCUUGAAUCAGGGUAUAGGAAAGACACCUCUGCCAUGCAGGUGCAACUCCACAAAAGCACAGUUUAGGCAAUAAACUGCACAGUUAUCCGAAUAAAGUUAAAGCACUAGAAGCACAAGAGCAGGUAGUGUGCAGCUUUGGUGCUUGGGGACUGGGAGGUGGGCAGCUGAUGAAGCACAGGUCCCACAUAUGUGAAAGGAGUAUGACCUCCUAUACUUAAUGUGUUCUGUGUGCAUGUUCUGAGUGAUUGCAGAUGAGAUUAACUAAUGUAAUUAUGCACUUGCUUCCUAAAGCACACAUUCUGUCUAAUUACCACUAAAUGGAAUGUUAUGAGAUCUAUAAUUACUGUAACCCCUUCCUGCUCCCCAAGAAUGGAGAAGAAAUGGCCAGGUGUUGUUGGGGAUACUGAGUGCCCUCUCUUUUCCUGAGAGGACUGAAGCCUUAGAGAUCCCCUAAAGGCACAAAAUACAUUAAUUUGCAGUGGCUUCUUCAGAUGAGAGGAGAAGGGGGAUAUGAUGGACAGAAAAAUUUCUCCCUGAAAAUGUGGCUUUUCCAACUCCUGUCAAAUUCAGGAUGGAAACCUUACUGAAAGAAGAAUUGCCAUUAGGCAUGAUUCUCUUUGAAGAUUCUUAUAUGUGCAGAAUGAAAGAUAAGAUUGUUUCCUCCAGAUUCACAAACUCUACUGGUCUGCAAUCAUGUAGCAUAGAGCAUUUAUAGCACAUAAUGUCUAAAGACUAAUCAAUGCAAAAAGAGAAACUUCAACUAAUUCUUGGGUUGUUUCUUACAUAUGGUACUAGGAAACGCCUUGCUGGCCAAGCACAUUUUGGGUAGCUAAGAUCUUUUGUUUUCACCUUUAGCUUUCUAAGCUUUCUUACAAUAUAGACUGAUUAGUAUAACAUGUCAUGUGUAAGACAACUGGAUGUUCUUUAUAUACUGGAAAUGAUUUGUGAGUCCAAUACUUCACUAAGUGUUUUAACUUCUGUGUAUAUAUCUCUCCUCAAUAAAUGUGUAUUCAGAUUC